AUGGUUCCGCCGAGACCUGCCUUGGCUCAGAGCGAGUCCAAGGCACGAUUCUUCGAGCGACUCGGUCUCGACGAGCACAAUGAAUACCAUCGCAGAGUAUACGCGAUGAUGAAGGUAUGCUAUCGUCCUGCCCCUUAGUCAUUAUCAUAUCGAUCUUGCCAAUCUGACGACUUCCCAGGAAGAAGCCGUCGAAGGUCGGAGACGAAUGACGGAGAGCCAGGAUGUCCUGGUACCGUCGCUAAGAGGCAAUGCUUCGGUGGAGCCUCCGUACAGCAAUGCCCAGAUCAGCGAAACAGUCACGCACCGCGAGAUCCUUCGAAUAUAUCGGAUGGCCCGGCCUGAAACCAAGGUGGUGUAUGACUUGGGCCGGGACACCGAUCGCGUGGAAGAGGAGAACUGGGUGAUCAGGUGGAUGCUCUGGCAUGUGUUCCGUUACCGCGACAGUCGCAACAGGAACCGGAGGGUCAUCUCUCCCAGCCCAGAGCGCUCUUCUGCAGCGCGACCGUCCGCUCCGGGCAGGGCACCCGGGCAGAGGCAGUAUUACUCGGGCAGCGAGGGUCACGCAUCAAGCUCGUCGUCUCGUAAGUCUCGACCCAAUCUUGUCAUGGAUUUCGAAAGCAUGAUGGGCGGACGCGCAGAUGCCUCUUUGUAG